AUGAGGAUUGGCUGGAGCUAUGUACACGUCGAGUCCCUGAAGCCGCGCCCUAUGAAGUGCUUCCGAUGCCUAGAAAUCGGGCACACGCGACUCCAGUGCACUUCGGAGGUGGACCGCAGCGAUAUUUGCUAUCGCUGCAGUGCUCCUGGGCACAAAGCAGCGGCAUGCUUAGCCAAACCCCACUGGGCAGUAUGCGCAGUUGCAGGGGAUGCUACGGGCACAGCGGCCAUCUAUGUUCCAGAUGGUACCACGCCCCUUUCCGUCAAAGAGAGGGGAAAUGGUUUUGUGGCGGCCGACUGGGGGAAAUACACAAUAUUCUCGGUGUAUUUUUCCCCAAACAAAACCCUUGCUGAGCUCGAGACGCUCCUCGGUGAUAUGCAGGCGGCCAUUAGG